AUGUCUGUGAAAAUAGAUCCAACUUUUUCACUAUCUAAUUGGGUAGUUGGAAACUAUGUUUGCAAUUGGACUGGAAUAGCCUGCGAUGACAAAGAACGGGUUGUGAGUGUGGUUAUCAAAUACAAAGCACUGAGUGGCCGGAUUCCCCCUCAUAUGGGCAACAUUUCCUUCCUUACAACUCUCGACCUCUCUAAUAAUUAUUUGUAUGGCCCCAUUCCCCAACAAGUUGGCAAGUUAAAGAAGCUAAAGUACCUUAAGUUGCAUGGAAAUCAUUUGCAAGGUUCAAUUCCACCUACUUUGCUCGCAUGCACAAAUCUGCUGCAACUCAGAUUGGAAAAUAAUAUCUUGAGUGGAAGCAUACCGGCAGAGCUGAGUUCAUUGCACAACUUGGAAAGGCUUAUGUUGGGUUCAAAUAAUUUGACAGGUAUCAUCCCACAAGAGUUAGCAAAUUCCUCUGCGCUCAAAACCAUGCAUCUUGGUACGAACCUUCUAACCGGACGAAUCCCCUCUAAACUCGGUGCUCUCAGGGAUUUAAGGGUACUGAAAUUGAAAAGAAAUUGGUUUUCCGGAGAAAUUGCCAAGUCUCUAGGUAACUGCACAAGAUUGCGUUACUUGUCGCUGGGGGAGAAUAUGUUUGAGGGGCCAAUUCCAUCUGAAAUUUUCAUAGCUUUGUCCAGAUUAGAGUAUCUAAAUCUGCGUGUCAACAAGUUUGUAGGGACAAUUCCAGAAGAUAUAGGCUAUAACCUGCCCAAAUUGCAAGAGAUUUACCUGGACCACAAUAAUCUAAGCGGCAGCCUCCCUAAAUCUUUAGGAAAUUGCUCGGCUCUCUAUAUUCUUCAGACAGAUGAUAACAAGUUGAGCGGAGCGAUACCCCAAGAGUUGCGGAUGCUGACUCACCUACGGUCAAUUAUCCUUAGUGAGAACAGCUUCCACGGAGAUGUUUUUCCUUUUCUCUUUAAUUGUACACAAUUAGGGAACGUUGAACUCCUUCUCAACAGGUUCGAGGGUUCCAUUCCAGUGGAUUUUGGCCUCAGGUUCACUCAUUUACAAUAUUUUUCAGCGGGAGCAAAUCUAUUCAGUGGGGAAAUCCCAAAGUCUCUGGGAAAUUGUUCUCAGCUCUUACUUUUUGAUCUCGGUGGCAAUCAGCUAACUGGUGCUGUGCCUCAAGAAUUGGGAAUGUUAACUGCUCUGGAAAUACUGAAUCUAGAGACAAAUUAUUUUUCAAGUGGAAGCUCCGCCAAAACAUCUGUUUUGAAUAUUCUUACCAACUGCUCCAAUCUUAGCGAUCUGGAUCUCUCUCAAAAUAAUUUCAGUGGCACUUUGUCGGGGGUUUUAGGAAAUCUCCCUCCCCCCUAUCUGAACUGUACUUGA